AUGGAUUAUUCAUCAGAAAAUUUCGAUGAUCAGCCUGAGAAAAGAUCAAGUUUAAGCAGAUCACUGUUGAGAUCGAAACCACUAGGAACUAGUACAUCAGAUGACCAAAAUACAGAUGAUGUCUCACCUAGUCAAAAAGCUAGUAAUCAUUCUAGUCAUAGUAUUUACGACACACCCAAAGAAUUACGAAGUAGUGGCAUUCAAUCUGAGGUCAAACAAGCGAAUUAUACAAUGGAAGAGAAACGGAUAAGUCUACGUUCUCAACAAAUCGGUGACGUACAAAUUCAACAGCAAAACGAUACCGCUGAUAAUAAUAAUCGCUACUUAAAUGCUGAGCAAAGAACUCGAGUUUCCAGUCCAGUUCAACAUAGAACUCGUCGUGUAGCAACUUCUAAACCACGAACCAUUGCUAUUGACAUAAAUAUAUCAAUAGGCUAUGGUAGUAAUAUUACUCAUCAUCAAGCAACAGUUCGGCCAAGUGCUGUACGAUCAAGUUCACCUAUCAGAAAUACGACGGCAACUAUUGACAACCCGCAUUUUGUUGACAUCGAUUUUCAUAUUCCAGGACGUACAGCUCAACUUUCAACAGAUGGUAUUAUGAGUGAUCGACUAUCUUUUACGAAUCAAAAUUAA